GCCCCAAUCUUUUGUACUUCAAAAUUAAUCCUUAAUUUAAUUAAUUUUCUAAUUUUUAAUAAGUUAAAAAAUAGAAAGAAAUUAAUCCGAUUGUUUUGAGGUUUUAAAUGUAAUUUUUGUUAAUGUAUGAAACAAAAAGCUUGAAACGUAUUUUAAAUAAACAGUAAAUCACUUUUUUCUAAAUUAUAUAUAUAUUAUUCGAUCUUUAAACCAUAUGCAUCAUCAGUAUAAAUAUUUUGAUUAGAAUGAAAAAAAUUAAACUAAAAAUAUAGGAUUAAAGAGAUUACAGGGAACAAAAUUUAUAGAACACAAAUCAUGUUGCAACCAUAUAACUCCAACUUAUCAAACAAGGAAAACAAAAAGCAUUUAUAGAAAUCCAGAAAAAAUCGGAUCUUAUUUUUAGUUAGAUCCGCAAGGGAAAUCGACAAGACGAGAAGACACAAUUUUCAAUAUGAAAUUUCUAUAAUUUCGGGUGAUGGACUAUAAAAAAAAGUCAAUUAAUAUUAUUAUAAUGAGAAAGAAAGUUGUCUAUGAAGUUGGCUUUUGCAGAUUCGGUAUGAUAAAAUUUUGUUCAAUUUUAAAUAUUGCUUAAUUAUUGCAGAAGGGUUCAUGAUAGAUUUACCAUAACAUCUUGUGAGGCCUACUAAAUAGAGUAUCAAUUUUUAAUUUAACAUCUUGUCUACUGCAAUUUUUUUUCCAGAAGUUAAUUUUAGUGUUUAAAUGCAAUAAAAAUGUAUAGAUGCAAUCAGCAAGGCAAAUGGUCCAGUGAACGUAACUUAGCCCAAUUGAUGUUUUCCGAUCCUGUUGCAUAAAACAAACUAAGAUCAUCUCUAAUGUAUUGUUAUUUUCACUUCUAAAAUAAAAAUACUCUAUAAUAGAGGUAAAAUAUGUUCUAAUAUGUUUCUCUAAAAUAAUAAUCUCUAAAUGUAGAGUACAAAAUAGAGAAAUGCUAUUUUUUCUUCUAUAAAUAAAGAAAAAAAUAUAGAUCUUUAUUAUAGAGGAAGAAAUAGAGGUAGGUUGAAGUAAUUUCACCUUCAAAUGCUAUUAUAGAGGUGAAAAUAGAAAUGUAUUGGAGAUGCUCUAAGAAUCGGACAGAGUUCUAAAAUGGUUUCGCAUUUUUUGACCAAUAAAUGGUUUCCCAUAAUCCCAUUUCUACUCAUACGAUCGUACUAAAACGCAGAAUAUUCAUCCAAUAAAACAGUCAUAAUUACAUUUAUGCUACCAAAAUUUCAUCAUUUAGUUACUCUCGUUAUCUUAUAAGAAUCUAAGACAUGUUUUAAUAGCUAGAGAGCUGGAGUUAUUACGAAAGAUUGUGAUAAAGUGAUAACUCCUCGUCAGUAAAAAGUGACCACAAGUGUAACUGUUCUGAAUGAUAACAAACUAAUAAGUCACUGUUAAAACAAACAAAAUAAUUCAUGAAUAGCAGAACUCUUGUUGUCGUUCUAGACUAUUUUGUUUCAUGUGCGUUUUAAACCGAUUAAACAAUUAAAUUUUUAAAAGAACGGCUGACCGGAAUUACCGGUCACGGAUUUGCAAUGGUGAGUUCGUCACGUGUAUAUUCAAUAGGCCACUCACUAUUUGGCUCGUCUUAAAAACUCGUAAGAAUAGUGACAUGAAGCAUCGUGAAUCAAUAAUGUUUCCCGGCGAAGAAACAGAAUCACGUGAGUUAUGCGUGACCCUACUGCAGUCAUAAAUGUUUUCGCUCUGACUAAAACGUUUUUGUUUUCUUUUCUUAUGGUAGAGUAAAGAGUUAGUAGGAAUCAGAUUUGAAACUUGUGAAAACGGUGAUCUCAUACAGACAAAUAUUACUGUCAAUCAAUUAAUACUAGGGAUAUGUUCCUUUCGAGAGUCUUCUGUUGAUUUAGGAAGUAGUCUACUUAAUAAGAUGUGUAUAUAUAUUAUAUACUAGCCUAAUUGACCAACAGUGAAAACUGAUAUAUCUUGGUGGAACGUUUUUUCAAGACAUUUAAUUGGAAAUAUUCGAAUAAGUAAACUGACAAGAAAGCCUAGACAAAUGGAACACUACAUCUACAUGCAUGGCGAUCUCUCUCGAAGAAUAUAUGGAACUAAAAUUGACAACACACUAACUAAUAUAUGGAUUUUUUUGCCUCUGUUUAUUAAUUAUAUUUUCGACAUUUAUUAGCAAAUUAAAGGUUAUAGUUAUCCAUCUUCGUGUAAGAUUAUCUAUAACUAAAUUGACAUGAACGCAAGUAAAGCCAUAUAUAAGAAAUUUCAUACGAAAAACCACUAAUAAGGAUAACGUUUUCUUCUUGCAACGGGAAUAGUGUUUCUUAUGAUAAUAUAUAAAAUGUGUUUUCUUCUUUCUCUCAAUCUUAGUCGAAACCCAUGAGGUGGAGCUAAACUCAAUAAGUUAAAAGAUCAGGCUAAUACUUUGCUGUCGUCUAUCACUAGAAAUCAAAACUUAGAAGAUGUCCGCUCGCAUGCAAAUCCACUAACUAAUGACAUAUUAUAUGCUUUGUUCUUUGGGUUCAAAGACACUUUAGAUGCAAACUCUCUAAAGACACUUUAAGUGCUUUUUUUUUUUGUUUGCUUUCAAAGACACUUUGGAUACUUUCUGUUUUUGGGUUCAAAAUACAUUUUAGGUGCUAAUCAAGUGCCUAAUCUUUUUGUUUUUGGGUUCAGAGACAUGUUAGUUGCUACUCCCUCUGUUUUUAAAAGAUGUAUAUUCUAGAUUUUUCACAUAUAUUAAGAAAAAUCAUUAAAUAUGCAUUGUUUUUUGUGAAUAACAAUUUUCCAUAACUUUUAGCCAAUAGAAAUUCAAUAAACACCAUUAAUUUUUUUGAAACUUACAAUUUUUCAUAAAAUCAUACAUUGAAAAGAUAAAAAAUGUAUCUUUUUGAAACAAUUUUUUUUCCAGAACAUACAUCUUUUAGGAACAGAGGGAGUAAUUAUUAAGUGCAAAUAACCUAAAGGACUUUUUGUUUUAGAAAACGGUAAAUGCAUGGGUCCACGUCGCACUCGAAGCAGAGGCUAAUCACCAUUUAUCACUUGCAUUCGUGGAGAUAUCAAAACCGCCAGUUACAGGAGACGUGUCAUUAUAGGUAAGGUUCACUAGGUUUCUAGCUGGCGCUUAUAAAAUCCAAAGCUCGAAACACUCAUCACACUCAAGCCAAAAGUUAGUGCCAUUUUGUCUCAUCACUUUCCGCACUUUUAUUUUUAAAUUAUUUACAUAUAAUAGACUACGACGGGAUAAAAUGUCGCCGGAGGAAUACGUUAGGGAAUCCGGUGAUCUUCGAGGAACUGAGCUUACCCUUGCUCUACCGGGAACUUCAAUAAUAGCAUCGGAUGGCCGACAAAAGUCCAGAAACAAGCGUAGCUUCAUCGAGACCGUUGAUUUGAAACUCGGGGAAAGACACGUGAACAAUUCUAUAGCAUGCAACAAUUUCGACCGCUUGGUGGGGUGGCCGCCGGUGAGGAUGGUAAGGGCGAGGAAGUACGUGAAAGUGGCGGUGGAUGGUGCGGCCUAUCUCAGAAAAGUCGAUCUUCAGAUGUACAAUUGCUACGAUCAACUUUUUGCCGCUCUAGAAAGCAUGUUUCAGGGUGUAGUAACAAUAUGUAAGGUGACGACGGAGCUGGAGAGGAACGGAGAGUUUAUGGCAACUUACGAGGAUAAGGACGGUGACUGGAUGUUAGUCGGAGAUGUCCCGUGGAUGAUGUUUGUGGAGUCUUGCAAACGUAUGCGGUUGAUGAAAGCCGCGGAUGCUAUGGGGUUAGUACUUCCAAGCUAAGAAGCGAGCAAUGUUUACACGUUCAAGAAUCUUAACGCAUGGGAUUUUCUCAAGUCUAUAGGAUUACCGUCGCAAAUGCAUAUAUUUCUUCUUAUAAAACUGCCUAUAUUUAUAUAUAUAGUCAGAGUAUAAUAGAAAUGUAUUGUUCGGCGAUUUCUGAAUUGCAAUAUAUAUGUGCUAUAAACUUUUUGGCCGUGGAUUUGAAUGUAAUUAAUGGCACUACUAUAUAUUAUUGCUUAAGUUGAUGACUAAA